AUGGCGUGGAAGAAGAUUCGCGAAUACGACGCUAAACGGCUCCUGAGUCACCACAUGGGUCGACGGCUACGCGCGGUGCAGGUUCAAGCGAACCGCAGUCUCGUGGAGAGCUUGCCAGAGCAGCCGUGGCUCGCGUCCUGCCAACUCGUCGUGAAACCGGAUAUGUUGUUCGGAAAACGCGGAAAGCAAAACCUGGUGCUACUAAAGGCGGACCUUGAACAAGCGGUAGAUUUCGCUGAGGAUCUCAUAAAGCGACGGGGCGAGAUCGAGGUUCAGGGCGUUCGCGGGCGAAUCACAACCUGCAUCGUCGAGCCGUACCUUCCCCACGACGUCGAGUAUUAUCUGAGUAUUCAAAGUGUCCGCAACGGUAACGUGAUCAGUUUCAGCUGCGCUGGUGGUAUGGAUGUUGAAGAGAACUGGGAUAAACUUAGAACGGUGCAACUGGGUCCGACGGAGACGCUCCAGGAGCGUCACUUUGCCGAGCUGUUUACGGACGUUGCGCGUGAGCAAUCGCGCCAGGUUUUGGAAGCCUAUGUAGAUAGGUUGUACGCCAUAUUCGAUGAUCUGGACUUUACGUUCCUUGAGAUGAACCCGUUGACCAUAGCUGCGUUCCCUGGUGAUGAUGGUCAACCUGCACCCGAGCCGCAGGUGUGGCCUCUGGACCUGCGUGCCGAGCUCGACUCGUACGCAGGAUUCAAAAACGCUCGCAAAUGGCUGAACGUACAGUUUCCUGAACCCUGGGGAUGCUCCAAGUGGCCUCAAGAGCGCUUGGUUGCGAACCUGGAUGCCACAUCGAGCGCAUCGCUCAAACUGACGGUUCUGAAUCCGAAGGGCAGGAUUUGGACGAUGGUUGCUGGCGGCGGAGCUUCUGUUAUUUACAGCGAUACCGUCGUCGAUCUCGGGUACGGUGACGAACUUGCAAAUUAUGCGGAAUAUAGCGGUAAUCCGAAGCCAGAAGAAACCUAUCUAUUUGCUCGAGCGAUCCUCGAACUGGCUACAAAUGAGCCGGACGGGAGGCCGCGUUGCCUCCUCAUAGGUGGCGGGAUUGCGAAUUUUACCGACGUUGCAGCGACCUUUACUGGUAUUGUUCAGGCCUUGAAGGAUUUUGCAGGAAAGCUGCAGGUAGCGCGAAUGAAACUCUUCGUUCGACGCGGAGGUCCGAACUACGAAACCGGUUUGCGUAUGAUGGAAGAGGUUGGCGAGCAGCUCGGCAUUCCGGUAGAGGUCUACGGACCUGAUGCCCAUAUGACGUGUAUUGUGACGCGUGGCAUCGAAUGGAUUACAGGCGAUGCUUCAAAAGAGAACGAAAGCGAGUCUUUGACGCCGAGGCGGCGGCUGCGAGCGUCCGCUUGA